CGGAAACAGUUGUCAACCCGAAGGGGAAUGCGGCAGCUGGCCAGCCCGCUGAUUGACACCGGCAGCUGCCAAUGGGCUGCGAGCAAGAAGGGCCCUUCCGGUCGGCGGGGGGGCGGGCCCUGCAACCGGAGGGCCAAUGAGAGCGCGGCGACCGCGGCUUCCGGCGGAGCUGGGCGCGGGAGGCGGGUGGAGGCGGCCAUGGCGAAGACCUACGACUAUCUCUUCAAACUGCUGCUGAUCGGGGACAGCGGCGUCGGCAAAACCUGCGUCCUCUUCCGCUUCUCCGAGGACGCGUUCAACACCACCUUCAUCUCCACCAUCGGUAUUGACUUUAAGAUCAGAACGAUUGAGUUGGACGGAAAGAAAAUCAAACUGCAGAUAUGGGACACAGCUGGCCAAGAACGGUUUCGGACGAUCACCACCGCGUACUAUCGAGGUGCCAUGGGUAUCAUGUUAGUGUACGACAUCACCAACGAGAAGUCCUUUGACAACAUCAAGAAUUGGAUCCGGAAUAUCGAGGAGCAUGCCUCCGCAGAUGUGGAGAAAAUGAUCCUUGGAAACAAGUGUGAUGUCAAUGAAAAACGACAAGUCAGCAAAGAACGUGGAGAGAAGUUAGCCAAUGACUAUGGAAUUAAAUUCAUGGAAACCAGCGCAAAAGCAAAUAUAAAUGUGGAGAAUGCAUUUUUUACACUCGCCAGGGACAUAAAAACAAAAAUGGACAAGAAGCUGGAGGGUAACAGUCCACAAGGUAGCACCCAAGGAGUGCGGAUCACCUCAGAACAGAAAAAGAGCAGCUUCUUCCGUUGUCUCCUCCUGUGACGAACUCUGCCUUCGAAAGGUCCAAGCACCUGCAGACUUGAAGUGGAAUGUGCUAGCACUGUGCUUUUCCUGUACAGAUGGACACUUCCUUCGGACAAGCCCUGUUGUGCUGACAAAGACUUGCAGUGACCAAGCAGCUGAGGUUUUUGGCUUUUAGGACCUGUCCGACGAUGAUUACCUCAGUAAUGGAAACGUGCACGUCAGAAUCUUCUGAUGGGAAUCCCUCCAUUUUACUGAUUUCCAAUCUGUUGGGGUGUAAUUUGUUUGAAAUUCCAGCAAAUCCUCCUUCCUCUGCUUUCCCUGUUUUGUUUCUCCCCGCAGAUCUUGUGUUGUGGAGGUGCUUUCACCAUUGGAGUCUUUCCCAGUUUCAGCAGCCCAGUGACCUCAUUGUGCAAUAAGGUGCUGCGGCUGUUGAUGCUUUACGUGUCACUCUCCUUACACGUCGCUCGCCUGGGAGGGCUUUGUCUGCUUUCUGCCAGUGUAUCAUGUCUGUAUCUCGAUGGAUGUGGUGAUUAAGAAGGAUAGAGUAGCCCCAAUGUUAGUUGUCAGACUUGCAGCCAGGUAUAUCUGUUCCCUUGAUGGCCAUGGUGUUGAAUACCACCCAGUUUCUCACUCUCCCUUUCACAUCUAUUGGCUUUUCCCGUGUUUAGUUUUUCAGCAAGAUGCAGUAUGUUGCAACAGCUGCUGCAUCUCUGACAGGUUCAAUUUGAGUGUUACCAACAGACAAUUUGUCUCGAAGCACUGAACAAAAACUGGAUUUCAGAUAGAUUUUUUUUAUUGGUAGCGCAGUGUUUACUAUGGCCAUGCUACACAUCAACGCCUCUGUUUUUCCAGGGGUUCAAAGGCAAAGAGCCAGAAAUCUACCAAACCCAACCUUUCUGAGCCAUGACUGCCUGUAACCAUGGUGUUUUGAUGUUAUCCCUGCAAAUGGCUCCAGUUAUUGUAGGUUCUAUAUUUCGCGGACCAUCGGGGGGGGGGGGGGGGGGGGGGGGGGGGUUGUGCAGAGAAUGUAGCAGUGGUCGAAGCCAAAGAGUUUAAGGGAGGAGCAGAAGGCGGUGAAGGGAGGAUCGGUAGGAGAUGGUGGGAGGGCAUUAUGGAAUGAAACAAACCCCUCUCCCCACCACCAUCCCAGCCCCUGACAACAGCUGAGGUGCAUCAUCCGUUCACUUAUUUGUAGCCUUAUUCAUCAGCCAUUACUUUGUUUCACCACUGUUGGAGUCCUGCUGAAUUAUUUUGUGAAAACCAUGUGAACGCUGAUGCUUGGAGCCACAGAUUGGCACGGGUGCUGUGCAGUGGUUGCAAGAAGUGUACGAGGGUUUAGUCACUCUUAGUUCACGGGCUGCCAGUGUCAGCAGUUUAGCAGAUUUGGCGGUUAAUGCACUGUGGGCAGGUCCUAUUAAUAAAGUUCAUUCAUAAUUCUGGAACCUGAGUGUUGACAUAGUAAAAUUCUCUCAGGGAGAUGAAUUGCACUUUCAGUUGAAAAGGUGUCAACUUUGUAAUGUUUGAAUGUGGAACAUGAAACUUGUGAUAAGGGGUAUACCAGGCGGUAUGUGUCUUGUCUGCUGUGCUAGAAAUCCCCAAGCCAGGCUCUGUUGUAACUAUCACUGUAUAAAUUAGUAAGUUGUACCAAAGUGUACUGAUGAGACCAUUGGUGUAGGUCUUUUUUUAGGUGUGGUAAUGUUUUGGUUCAAAACCAGAGAGUAGCUGUGAUGCUGAUAAUUUUAGUUUCUGGACUAUUAUAUAGAAAAAGAGUGAAGGAAACAGUUACUCUUCUGACCAACAUUCCAACCAUUCCCUCCUCAUUUCCAUUCUCACCCAAUCCCCCAUUAACAAUGAUCAAGGAGAUGAGUCUCAGACCAAAAUGGAAAACUGCAAAGUGAAGAACAAGUGAAUAUUCGGAAAUCUGAACCAAGUACCUGUUCUUGAAUGCUGAAGGUUGCAGACCUGCACUUCAAGUGGACAACAAUAAUGGAAAAUGGAGCACAGGUGGCCAAACAUUAAUAAUAAGUAGAUGGUUAUGGGCAGUGAUAACUGCUCAAUAUAUAUAUAUAUAUAGCAGGUUGGUUCAACAGAUGCUGCAUUUGGUCAGACCCAGAAUAUCCUUUCCUUUUAAAGUUUACUGAGCGCUUUGUGCAGCUUGAUAAAUGAAGGAGCGAAAGCACGCGCCCUAAAUCUAAAACAGAGAAGCUAUGCCAUUGUUUAAAAAGCUGACCUUGUGCAAAUCAUGUCAUCUGUUUAGAUGUCUAAACUGAUUACCUCGCCAGAGUUUUCCUACCUGCACAUCUCUAAAUAUCCCCUUCUGCCCAGUCACGAAAAGACUUUCCGGUUUCCUUGUUCCAAAUCGGGAGGAUUGAAGCUGAAUGUGACAGUCUGUGGUUAAUGUGAAUCCAGACCACACCAUCAAUCCUUGGAUCACUGGGGGGGUGGAAAGAGGACGAUUACACUCUUCCAGAGUUGUCGGCUGCUGCUGCCUAACGAUUUGCAAGUGGAACCCCUUCUCCCAUGACUGCAUUCUUUGUAUUGGCCCCAAUCAUUCUCAUCAUUCCUCAAUCCGGUUUGAUGGCCACGGAUUCCAGUAGUUUCGAUCCAUUAGUUUACCCACUUCUUGGAUAUGACCUGCCAUUUUCAGGCUGAAAGCAGCCACUUUCACUGGAGCCCAUCUAUCCUGUUCUGCUGAAAUGAUUUUUGUUUUGAGUUGUUAGAAAGAAAUGUAAUUUUUUGUCGUAUGUCAUGUGUUUUUUUUCCUCCCACAGAAUCCCUUAAAAUCCCAGUGUUGAUUACAUCAGGGUUGAUUGUUCCUUGUAAUUUGCUUUUGAUUGUCCAAGUUGACUGGCAUUGUAUUAGAUUAGAUUAACAGCCUGCCACAUCCCACUGUAAUAAUAUAAAUCUGUUCCCGUUGGGAUGCCACUCUCACCUUGCAGCUACACCUGGAAUGCAAUAUACUAGCCAGUCCCAAUUAUUUGAGUCGGCUUUAAUUAUUUUGGGAAGCAUACCUGGAUCAUAAUGGAAACAGCUUGGGAGUUGUUUAACUGACAACCCUGAACGAUGCUUCUCAGAUGACCCAGCCUCCGUGACCAGGGUUCUAAUAACGUUUUGCUCCAUUUAAAGCUAAUAACAUCUUUUGGUGUUUCAAAGGAACAUAUCUGUAUCUUCUCGUUGAAAAUGGUUCAAAUACCUGAACAAAUUUGUAUUGGUUCCUUGCUGCCAGUGUUGGCCACUGAAUAGCAACACUGGUCUUUGCUGACGGAUGAGUGAUCUUCCCUGACAUUGUCACUCAUCCAAAAAGUAGGAAGGAUUGUCACCUUGUUAGCAGCGACAACAUUAGCGCUGCCACUGAACCCUUUGUCAUUUUCACCUGUGUCUUGAAAGUCACAAAGUUAAAUAGCUCGCUGGGUGGCACGUCUAAUUAAAUUAAUCGGGCCGCUUUAUUCCAACCAUUAAGAAGUGACCAGUGUUAAAAGGCCGUUCUGUUCCAUUAAACUGAGUUCUGUAAACAUUCCACGCUUUUGCUUGUACAGGGCACUGUUCUGGCCUAAUGUUGGUGACGCUGCUGAAUGUGGUGCAUAAAUACCUGAUAUAUGAGGAGUGUGUCACGUUGAGCACAGUAUGAGCUAACAGCACAGUACAUAGCCUAUUGCUUUUUAAACUGCCCCCAUUGUCAGUUUGUACUAUCCUUGCUAUAACAGUAUUGUACAAAGAAUGCCAGUGAUAUGGGAGGAAAAUAUUUUGUCAACAGUUCAACCUCAUUGACCUUGAUGUAAUCGUUCAAACAUUAUGUGCAAAAGUCUCCAGGAUUCAAUUGGUUCGAAGGGAUGGGCAUAGCAUUGUUUCAGGUGACCAUGUAAAUAGCUUUACAUAAAAAAAAGGACCUACUUUAUAAUUGUUCUGUACAUGCCGAUGUUACUGGAUUUAUAGACACAAGUGGAGUUUUAAUGAGAUUAAAAAUGUGAGUCCUUUAAAAAGCGAAUUCAUUAA